AGGUGUUUGGUUCCGUCGCUUAAAUGAGCCCCGCGCCGACUCCGCCGCCCGAGGGGAGUUUUGGGCAGUGUUUUUCCCGUUUCCCGAAAUGGGCAAAAGCGGGCAUUUUGGCUGGUACGCCUUCCAAGGAAUCUAUACAAUGCAAGACUUCAGGGAGUUGGCAUCACAAGGAACCAACGUGCAAAUCAUGCCCUAAGACCUAGAGCCAAGCGUCCUAUAAAUCCGUAUUUGGCUAUUUCUUCCUCCUAUCCUUAUGGGCAUUUUGCAAAUAGCAUGCUUUAUGGAUUCAGCACGCUUCCCCCUGGCGGCUAGGGCGGACAUUUAGGUAAGUCGACCCAGUUUCUCGUUGCAGGUCGUAGAAUCAGAGGAUUGUAGAGCUGGAAGGGACCUCGAGGGGUCAUCUAGCCAACCCCCUGCCAUGCAAGAAUCUCAGCUAAAGCCUCCAUGACAGAUGGUCAGACAACCUCUGCUUAAAAACCUUUCCACUGUCGAAACGUUCUUACUGUCAGAGGUUUUCCUUUCAUGCUUCACGCAUCCCUUGCUCCUUCCCCGUCCUCCUCUUUCCUUUCUCUCCAUACUGACUUGCCCUUCACUUGUUUAUUUCCUUCCUUCUUUUCCUAUUUUUACUGUUCACUAAGGAGAGUUCGUUGAACAUACGUCUAAGAAAACUUGCUCGUGCUGCCAAUGGGCGCAUUUGCCAAGCCAUGACAAGUCAGCAGAAUAAGGCUGGGAUCUUAGACUGAGAGAAAGUUCCGUUGAAAUGGGUGGGAACUCCAGGUGAGCAAGCAUAGAAUUGGUUUGCACCAGUAUGGAAAAGCUGUGGCACAAGUUUGGGAGUGAAAAUUCUGAAUCUCAUCUAGAUUCUCCAGAACUUUACAAUUAUAACCCACAGGGCAAGCCCCCUGACAUUUCAAGGGGCGGAAGUCACACAACUGCUUCCUACACACUACAUCUUUAAAGCACAUCCAAAGCACGUUCUCCACCACCAAAGAAUUCUGGGUACUGUAGUUUAGCCCUCACAGAAUUACAAUUUGCAGUAACCCUUAACAAACUACAGUACCCAGAAUUCGGGGGGGGGGGGGAGGGGAGAAAACUGUGUUUCCAAUGUGCUUUAAAGGUAUGCUUUAGUAUAAACACAGAAGACCUGCACAAAGCCACCACUGCUACCGUCGGUUUUCCUCGAGCUGCAGCGAGCGUGGGUGCCGUGAGUGUGCGUCGCUUUUCCCCAGCUGGGUCUGUUCAGUGCACCUGCGCAAGGCCCUGGGUAUCCCCCUUCCUUAAGCGAGAGGUGCCGCCGCCACCGCUUUUCCCGCCGAGCGCUGAGGUGAAGGCGGCGGCGGCAGAGAAAGCGGCGCCUCUAGCCACGCCUUUAAGGGAGCUUGAAGUGGUGUACUGUACGUGGUUCUUUCCGCCCACCUCCCUAUUCUAUCUGCACGGCAACCAUGUGACAUAGGUCAGGCUGUGUUAAGUUGUAGGUGAACAUAUCAGACGACACAGCGAUUCUUCAAACAGCUCUUGUUUAUUCACAGGCCAGAACUGAACUGAACUGAAGGGUUCAGCCAGCCUGCUUAUAUAGAGCUCCACUACAACGCAACAGUAACCACUUUCUGUAACUAUCCAAUCACUGAACGUCACUUUCAAUCCCUUAUUUGCAUAUGUGGACCUGAGUGAAAACUAUCUACAGUAUCCUCCUGCUGGCCCAGAGUGAGAACUUCAGUACAUAACAGGCUGAGAGGCAGUGACUGGGUCCCCAAGGUCGCAGCCAGUGAGCUUAAUAGCUGAGUGGAGAAUUUGAAGUUCUGAAGUUGCCCCAGCCCACUUGGAGACACACACCCUCCUUUGAAAUGGCUUGCACUUCCAUCCUGUGAAGUGCCCUGAUCCUGGCUUGCUAGUUUUCACAGCCAUGGCAACGGAAGAGAAGCCAGAUUCAGAAUCAACCAAAACACAAUCAACAUCCUCCUCUUCAACCAAUCAGGGCAAGCCUGCCCCUGUAAAACCAAACUAUGACCUGAAGUUCACGCUGGCAGGACACACAAAAGCUGUCUCAUCAGUGAAAUUCAGUCCCAAUGGGGAGUGGCUGGCCAGUUCUUCGGCCGAUACGCUUAUAAAAAUCUGGGGCGCCUAUGACGGAAAAUUUGAGAAAACCAUAUCUGGCCACAAGCUGGAAAUCUCUGAUGUUGCUUGGUCAUCGGAUUCAAACCUCCUUGUAUCUGCCUCAGAUGACAAAACUCUCAAAAUUUGGGAUGUGAGCUCAGGGAAUUGCUUGAAAACCCUGCAGGGACACAGCAACUAUGCCUUCUGCUGCAAUUUCAACCCACAGUCCAACCUUGUUGUCUCAGGAUCCUUUGAUGAGAGUGUGAGGAUAUGGGAAGUCAAAACCGGGAAGUGCCUAAAAACCUUGCCAGCCCAUUCUGACCCAGUUUCAGCAGUGCACUUUAACCGUGAUGGCUCCCUGAUAGUGUCCAGCAGCUAUGAUGGCCUCUGCCGAAUCUGGGAUACAGCAACAGGACAGUGCUUGAAAACACUGGUUGAUGAUGACAAUCCCCCUGUGUCUUUUGUGAAGUUCUCUCCCAAUGGCAAAUAUACUCUAGCGGCAACGCUGGACAACACUCUUAAGCUUUGGGACUACAGCAAAGGCAAGUGCCUAAAGACCUACACAGGCCACAAGACCGAGAAGUACUGCAUCUUUGCCAACUUCUCCGUUACUGGUGGAAAGUGGAUCGUGUCUGGUUCAGAGGACAACCUGGUUUACAUUUGGAACCUCCAAACAAAAGAGAUUGUACAGAAGCUACAAGGGCAUACAGAUGUUGUGAUCUCUACAGCUUGCCAUCCAACGGAGAACAUCAUUGCCUCAGCAGCUCUAGAAAACGACAAAACAAUUAAACUUUGGAAGAGUGACUGUUAAAAUGCUUUCAGCAUCACUUCAGAGACUGCUGGGGGGUGUCUGUGUUUGUGUUUUUUGAAGACCCAUUUGCCAGGAAACAAAGCAACCUUUGAGAAGGUGAUGUCUCCUAGUCUUGGAUCAAAUAACUUCUCUCUUUGGAUUGUCUCCAAACUGGGCAAAUAUAGUGGGGGGUUGGGGGGACGCGGGUGGCGCUGUGGGUUAAACCACAGAGCCUAGGACUUGCCGAUCAGAAGGUCGCGGUUCGAAUCCCCACGACUGGGUGAGCUCCCGUUCCUCGGUCCCUGCUCCUGCCAACCUAGCAGUUCGAAAGCAUGUCAAUUGCAAGUAGAUAAAUAGGUACCGCUCUGGCGGGAAGGUAAACGGCGUUUCCGUGCACUGCUCUGGUUCGCCAGAAGUGGCUUAGUCCUGCUGGCCACCUGACCCGGAAGCUGUACGCCAGCUCCCUCGGCCAGUAAAGCAAGAUGAGCGCCGCAACCCCAGAGUCGGCCACGACUGGACCUAAUAAAAAGGUUCUGUUUUCUUUGCUGAAUUGGUGUCUUUUCCUACUGGGAAGCCAUUCACUAUUCUCUCCUUGGAGAAUAAGAUGACAUUCUCAUUGCUUGGAGGGAACUCUGUCUCCUAACAGCAACCACCACCAAGUCAAAAACUUAAGAAAGAAAGAAUCUGGAUAUGUUAACAUUUUUAAAGAAAAAGAAAAAACGAUCCAGGCAGGUAGGCCAUAGUACAUAAAACUUUAAAUAGAAGAGCCAUGGUGGCAAUUUUUUUAACGUGACCAAACAAGUGUUCUUUUGCCUUGCACCUCUUCACAUUUCCCAUGCAUCCAAGUUUCCAGAACCUGUGAUUUCUUUCUUUGUCCUUCUGUGUAAUGCACCCUGUUCUUCAUGCUCUCCGGUAGAUGCUACUUGACAGUAAAAGUCUUUUCACGCUUUUCACUCCACCCCCACCCCAAAUUAUCUGUUCAACCUCUGUCUUGCAAAGUCCUUGCUUGUGGCUUUUUGUUUGUUUUUACUUGAAAAAGUAUAUUCUGGCAAAUGUCACAAAUUCUGUACAGUUAUUUCAAUGUAAAAAACAAAACAAAAAUACAUAUUUUAUCUUGGAAACCUCAUUGUAUGAACUUGCAUUUGCUAAUGGUAUGGCUUUAUUCUAUUCCCCCCCCCCUUCCACAUUGGUAUAUCCCUUUUCUACUCUUUUGCGUUUAUCAAUAUUUUACACAUUCUUCCCUUUUCUCUGCGCUUAUCAAUAUUUUAUCAUAUGCACAAUAAAAAAGUGGGAUUCUUUUGUGAGGAAAAAAAGAAAAAAAAGAAAACCUGCAUAAAAAGUUUUGUGGUUUUUUUUGAGGCAGGUAGGGAAGGAUUAUAGGGACAUGGGUGGCGCUGUGGGUUAAACCACAGAGCCUAGGACUUGCUGAUCAGAAGGUCAGCGGUUCGAAUCCCCGUGACGGGGUGAGCUCCUGUUGCUUGGUCCCUGCUCCUGCCAACCUAGCAGUUCAAAAGCACAUCAAAGUGCAAGUAGAUAAAUAGGUACCACUCCGGUGGGAAGGUAAACGGCGUUUCCGUGCGCUGCUCUGGUUUGCCAGAAGCGGCUUAGUCAUGCUGGCCACAUGACCCGGAAGCUGUACGCCGGCUCCCUCGGCCAAUAAAGCGAGAUGAGUGUCGCAACCCCAGAGUCGGUCACGACUGGACCUAAUGGUCAGGGGUCCCUUUACCUUUACCUUAGGGAAGGAUUAUUUGCAUAUCCUGAUCAUGGUGAAACAUGCAACACCCCUCCUUUCUGCCCGUCACUGCUUCUUCCAGUUUGCAUCAAACCAAAGAAAUACCCCAACCGAAGGCAAUUUUUGACACCUGGAGGCUGCACAAAAAUAACCAGAUAUGAGGAGGAAAAGUGAUAAAGGUCCACUUUGUAGAGUUGACCAGCACACUUGUGGGAAUGAGGGCCAGGGAACGAAAAAGCACAAAAUUAAGCACAGGUGUGGAGGGAUUAUAAAGCUAGGAGCCAGCCUUCAAGAAAGCAUGGUAACAACAGGCCAAGUUUUUCUAUGGGUCGCUUUCCUUUUAAAAGAGUUGCCGGAGAUACAAAUAAUUAAUAAUGUUUCUUUUAGUGGCAAUAUAAGCUAGAGGAACUGUCCUAAACACCAACCGAAUCUGUGGGCAUAGUCAUAUAAAAGUCUAGCAGCAUAGAGGUAACUGCAUGGAUGUUUAGGACUAAUGCUGUGACUCCUCUUGUCCUAUUCCUUGAGGGUGGGUUUUUUAUUUCUUUUUUUGUUGUUGUUUUCAUUGUUCUAUAUUCUGGAAAGCAAUAAAAGAUCAUUUAAAAGUCA